CUCAGGCUGGUCUCCACGCUUCCGCCUACAGAGUCACGAUUAGCAACCGUGGCGAAGGCACCCGGAACGCGGGCCGACCCCCGCCAGGCCAGUUGAGCUGGCGGGCCGGCGCGCACGUAUGCACGCACGCACGCACACUUCGGCCCCCGCGCCUCUGGUUCUUCAGCUACGAGGCGCGCGGUCACGUGGGGCCCUUCGCGGGGCGGCUGGCGCGGAAAGCCGCGCGAGAGCGGGCCGCGGGGUGCGUGAGCCGGCGCCGCCGCGUGACGUACGCGGCGCGGGAGGCGCCCCUCCCGCACAGAGAACUCGGCCGCCUGCCUGCCGCGGCGGCCUCUGGAGCCACGAUGGACACAGCUAGCCAUAGCCUUGUCCUUCUGCAGCAGCUGAACAUGCAGCGAGAAUUUGGUUUUCUGUGUGAUUGCACCGUUGCUAUUGGAGACGUCUACUUCAAAGCCCACAGAGCAGUGCUUGCUGCUUUUUCUAACUAUUUCAAGAUGAUAUUUAUUCACCAAACAAGUGAAUGCAUAAAAAUACAACCAACUGACAUCCAGCCUGACAUAUUCAGCUAUUUGUUGCACAUUAUGUACACGGGGAAAGGGCCAAAACAGAUUGUGGACCAUAGUCGUUUGGAGGAAGGGAUUCGAUUUCUUCACGCCGACUACCUUUCUCACAUUGCAACUGAAAUGAAUCAAGUGUUCUCACCAGAGACUGUGCAGUCCUCAAAUUUAUAUGGCAUUCAGAUCUCAACGACCCAAAAAACAGUUGUCAAACCAGGGCUGGAGGUCAAGGAAGCUCCUUCCAAUAACAGUGGAAACAGAGCUGCUGUCCAGGGUGACCACCCCCAGUUGCAGCUCUCUCUUGCUAUUGGGCUGGAUGAUGGCACUGCAGACCAGCAGAGGGCCCAUCCUGCCUCCCAGGCCUUGGAGGAGCACCAGAAGCCCCCAGUGUCCAUCAAGCAGGAGAGAUGUGACCCAGAAUCUGUGAUCUCCCAGAGCCGCCCCUCACCUUCAUCAGAGGUGACAGGCCCCACUUUCACCGAAAGCGGUAUCAAAAUACACUUAUGCCAUUACUGUGGGGAACGUUUUGAUUCCCGUAGUAAUCUAAGACAACAUCUCCACACCCACGUGUCUGGAUCCCUCCCAUUUGGUGUCCCUGCUUCCAUUCUGGAGAGUAAUGACCUUGGUGAAGUGCAUCCACUUAAUGAAAAUAGCGAGGCUCUUGACUGCCGCGGGCUCAGCUCCUUUAUUGUCAAGGAGAAUGAGCAGCAGCCUGACCUCUCAAACCGCGGUGCUACAGAGCCUUUGCAGAUCAGUCAGGUGUCUUUGAUCUCCAAAGACACUGAGCCAGUAGAAUUAAACUGUAAUUUUUCUUUUUCAAGGAAAAGAAAAAUCAGCUGUACCAUCUGUGGUCAUAAGUUUCUCCGAAAGAGCCAAUUGCUGGAGCACAUGUACACACACAAAGGUAAAUCUUACAGGUAUAACCGGUGCCAAAGGUUCGGUAAUGCAUUAGCCCAGAGAUUUCCGCCAUAUUGUGACAGCUGGUCUGACAUCCCCCUGAAAAGUUCUCGUUUGUCGCAAGAACAGUUAGAUUCAUCUUGUGCCUUAGAGUCAGAACUCACACAAGAAAAUGUGGACACGAUCCUGGUUGAGUAGCAGUUUCUCCUUCAGAAUUUUUAUAUCAAUUCUGACAAAAGAAUUCCACAUGUGUUUUUUUAUUCAUAAAUUAUUUUCCUCCUCAAGUUCUUUACCAUUUGUCCAUAGUUCUAAGGUUGUAUAUACUACAUCUUUUUAUUGUAAAGAUCUAUCAAUACAUUGCUGCCAAGAUGUAACCUUCCACUGGGGCUGUCUUUUCCUCAGUUAAAUGACAAUUUAGAAAUGAGAAAUCAAUGUGGACGUAUGGAAAUUUUUUCAGGUUGUAGAAUCUGUAAAGGCAAAUUGAAUAUGAAAUAAGUGUAAUCUUUUUUAAAGAAUGUUCUAAACUAUCACUUUUGGUUAAUGUUCCACAUGAAUCAAGCCCCUAUGAGGAUUAUUUUAAAAUAUUUUCUGCCAUAUAGGAAAUUAAUAGUUAUAUUAGUAUAUAAAUAUAUGUUAUAAUGUAUAAAACAUUUGUUUGAGGGCAUAACUAUACCAAAUCAUGAGUAGUUUUAAAUUACUGUUUAUUUGCUAGUUGGGCAACAUCUUGCAUGCAUGCUCAGUCAUUCAGACAGAUUCUGGGGUAUGAUUUUUUGUGACCCCACAAAGUGUCUGACUGUGACCCCAUGGACUGUAGCCUGCCAGGCUCCUCUGUCCAUUGGAUUAUCCAGGCAAGAAAACUGAAGUGGGUUGCCAUUAUGUGACUUUAUUUAUUUAACAUUGAGCAUACCUCAUUUUCAAUAAAUAUUUUAUUUAAAAGAGAGAAAAAGAGAAGAGUCGGAAACAUACAAAAACUUCAGAGAGUCAGUAAGAUACAUAUACAUACGUAGGUAAGCAUAGAUGCCUCCAGAGUUAGAGACAGCAGUUCAGACACAUCUGUGUGGACUGACACCCUGGUGUUGUUACCUUAAUCUAGUGUUUUCUUAAAGAACUUAAGAGCAGUUUGAGAUUUUUAUGACAAGAGGUUUAUAUGAGCUUAAGAGGAAAAUGAUAGAAUACAAAUUAUCUUUCUAUCCAUAGUAUCAGAAGAUUUUAUAGGCUGCUUGAGUUGACAUUAAUUUUCUAACAAAAACCUGAAAAGGUACUUUUUCAGGUACUUUUUCAGUGGCACAGUUUUCACUUUUUUUCUGGUACAUAAAACCAGCAGAGUAGAUAUAGUCAGUGUACUAGAACUAUGUUUAAAAAUCGUGACCAGCCUUCCCUCUGUGAGUCAACUUAACUCCCCUUUCUAAUAGUGAAACUUACAAAGCUAAAACUCCAGAAAAAUUAAAAUUAAUGGACCGAAUGGCAGAUUCUCCUGCUGUGUGUAGCUGGGAAAAAGCUGGUCAAACUUCACCAUAGAGGAUAGAUCUAAAUUGUUUCUGAUAUGUUUAAAUUUUAAAUACUAGAUAGUCAAGAAUAACCAAAGAGAGAGGCUUUAGAACACCCUCGUCUUUUUUGUAUGUUGCCCUGUUAAAUUCUAACUCUCACAAGUAUUUUAGUAAAUUUAAUAAAUUUGGUUUCUACAACUUAGAAUUUAACGGCAUACAAAAACUCUAAUCUCCCUGAUGACUACACACUUUACAGUUCCUGACAUCAGAGUUCCUUAAGUAUCUGAGUUUAGUCAGGAGGGAGCUCAGAGAGAAAUCCAUCUCGUUUUAAGGGUGCAAGGAAUUUCUCUGAGUUAUCAGUGAGUUUAGGUAGAUUAUGAAAUGGUAAGUUUUUCUUAAGAAGUGGAUGAGGAAAACCAAUGGGCAUUAUCUAAGGUGGUUGAACUUCUGUCCUAGACAAGGAUGUGAAUCCUCGUGGGGUCAGGAUUAACAUGCUAAGAGCAAAAUCUAAGUAGCUAUUGAUGCAAAGUCAGUUGUAUCAGUCAGUAGUUAAAACAAAUGUAUUGCUCUUUAGUAUCAAAACUUCAUCUAAUCAUAUUCUUAAAUCAUUUCCGCAAUUAUUCAAACUUACACUGUCCUCAAUGAUUUCAUCACAUAAGGUGAACACAAAUAUUAACGUUGAUUUCAUGCAUCUUAGGCUAUUCUGGAUAUAUUCCCUAGCCUCCUUCAAGUAAAAUUUUAUUUUUUCUUGUUUAGAUAAAAAUUUUCUUGAUUUUUCUGUUCUGUUUUCUUUCCUACUUGCUCAGUCAUUAGUCCUUGACCCAAAAAGUGUGUGUAGCUUAAAGGGUGGGAUUUAGUGUGCAUAUGAGUUGUGGGUAGGACAGCAGUUCAAGGCAGAGUCUGGAUGAGGCAGGAGUUUGCUUUUGAUUGACUGUCCAUAAUAGACAACGUUAACUUAAAGCAGACAUUUAUCUACUUUGUUGAGUGUUAAGAAAGGAGUGAUUAACUGUAUUUUUAUUCUUAUUCAUAAGGUUCCUUUUAAUAUUAGGAAUUCAAAGCAAGUGUUCUUUCCUUCAUCUUCAUAGUAUUCUGUCUGUAUUAGGAAGUGGGAAAAUGAAUACUCCAUUUUAUAGAAAAAAUCCCCAAAUCUUGGUUCCAGAGAGCCAGUGAGUAGUGGUGUGGGGAAUGAUUCCAGUUUUAUCUUUUUCAUUUGUUCAACAGGAAUAUUUUAAAAAUUAUUUUAUAACUAAUAUUGUGCCCUGAGUAUUUUUAAAGACAUGAUUCCUAAGAAAAUCUACCUUGUAUAAAAAAGUUCCUCCAGCUAAAGGCUUUAAUUUUGACUACAUCAUUUAUAAAGUAGAGCUGUUAUGUUAACCAUAUAGUAUGGUCUGCAUAAUGAUUGUCACACUCUUAAAACUGGAAAUGCUGCGUGCACUUUAGUGUAUCAGGCAAGUACUAAACAGACAUUUCCCCUUUGGAUCAGCUUAGAAUUUUCCCUUUUUUCUAGAUCCCACAUAUAGUUGUUUUCUGGAGGAAAACAGACUGUUGCAGUAUUUGUUCUUGUUAGCGUAUUGUUAAACUCAGUAUCUGAUAAGUGUAGUCUGCCUUAUAAGAAAACCAACACUUCUGGAUUUAACUCUUGAAAUUAUUAUUUCUUUCUCUGAAUUAUUAUUCACUUUCCCAUCUGUAAAGUGUGUGAAAGCAAUCCCUACCUCACAGGGGUGUUGUGAGGAUUUGUUUUAAAAUUGUGGUAAGUUAUAUCAGUAUUAUUGAUAAAAACCAACCAUAUAGGGACUUCUCCAGUGGUCCAGUGGUUAAGACUUCACUUCCCAACACAGGAGGUGCCGGUUCAGUCCUUGGUCAGGGAGUUAAGAUCCCACAUACCUCAUGGGUCAAGAAACCAAAACAUAAAAACAGAAGCUGUAUUGUAACGAAUUCAAUAGACUUAAAAAAAAACCCAACCAUAUAAAGAAAACUACAUUCUGCAUUUUUUAUGUAGCUAAACCUUUAACUUUAGUAUUCCAACUCAUAAAUUCUAGAAUGUCUUCAGAAGCAGUCAUGUGCUAUUUAAUAAUAAUUAAUUGGCAAAAUUUUUACUUUUUACAAAUAUUCUAGAAACAGCAGAGUUGCUAGAAUUCCUAUGCUACCUUAGUUUAAUCAUAAGUAUUUCUCUUUAGCCUUUAACAAGAAAGAUAGUAAUUCUUUGGCAUUAUUGGGAAUGAAAACUUUCCAAGUUCAAUGUUAUUGAAAGUUCCCCCAAACGUUGUUUACAUAUAGGAAAAGGAACAAAAGCAGUGGAGAAAAUACCAUUUUCAUUUCUUUGAUGUAGAUCAUCUAAAAAGUAGAUAGAGACAAGAAAUAGAGUAGGGUUAAUAACAUAGUAAUUUAUUAUGUUCUAUCAAAAUAGUAUUGGAAAAGGUUUCACUUAAAACUGAAGGAAAUACUUAUUAAUCAUGGAAAAAGAUAGUCUGGAAAAUGUAUAAUUCCAUUGACGUUUAUUUGCACAGGUGAAUUCUUGACGUUGUAACUCAGAUCCUUGACAAGUAUCCAUUUUUUGUCUAAUUGAGGUAAAAAAUAGGCCGUGUGAAGAAAUUUCAUAAGGUAACUUGUAUCUUUGUAUGUUUUAAACUAAAUGUAGCUCUGUGUAUUUUAUUAUAAUUAAUUUUUAAAUUCCUGAGAAUGAAAUCUGUAAAUUAUUAUUCUUUGCUGUACUUCUGUUUUUGUAUGCUUGAACUUUCUGAAGACUGGUGAGAUUAUACAGUCCUUAGCCUGUCUGUCUUAAAUGUAAGGAGUUACAGACUGUGAUUUUUGUCUUCAAGACCUGCAGAACCCUUUUUGCUUCAGUGUGUAUCUGUCCACACUUGAUUACUUAGUAGAUAUUGUUCCAGUGCGAUUGGUGGACUGUCAUCAACUCUUCUAUUUUGUGCCAAAUAGUCAUUUAGUCAGAUUAAAUCAAAUAUCAACUUAAAAUGCUUUCAAAGAAACUUGGAUUUCAAAAACUUAAACCAAAAAAAAAAAAAGAAAAGGGAAAUUUCCUGGUUGUCCAGUAGUUAGGACUCCGCUUUCACUGCUGAGGGCCUGGGCUUGAUCCCUGGUUGGGGAACUAAGAUCCCACAAGCUAUGUGGCACAGGCAAAAAAACCCCAAAACCAAAAAAAAAAAAACAAACCCCAAAACCUGUACAAUGAAAAAGGCCCCCUGAAGAAAUCUUCAAAGUACUACUAACACAUAGUAACAUAUAAUACAAGAGACUGAAAUCAAUAAUAUAUUGUAUGCUUAAACUCUUCCACCUAAUGUACUGUGAGUUUGCUUCAGAAAUAUUCUUUCGGAAAGUUUUGUAUUCUCCAUUUGGAAUGAAAACAGUGAAUUUCAUGUAUUUUAUCAUGACAAAUAAAUUAAUGUGGCUUGAUCAUAAACGAAACUUUUUAUUAGCUCAGCUUAUAGAAUGUGUUCUUAUUUUACAGCAGUGUCUGCCAAAUGUUGUCUUCCUAGUGUUGAGGUAAGUAGUCUCUACCAGGUAACAUUUUGGAUGUGUGAUGCAAAAAUGCAUCAGUGGGUCCAGUUCUUAUCAACCAUAAUCUGUAGUGCUUCCCAGCUGCCAU